AUGCUGGUGAAUUGCAUUUUGAGGUGUGGGCUGCUGUUAGUCACUCUGUCUCUUGCCAUUGCCAAGCACAGGCAAUCUUCCUUCAGCAAAAGUUGUUACCCAAGGGGGACACUGUCCCAAGCUGUUGACGCUCUCUAUAUCAAAGCAGCAUGGCUCAAAGCAACGAUUCCAGAAGACCGCAUUAAAAAUAUACGAUUAUUAAAAAAGAACACAAAAAAGCAAUUUAUGAAAAACUGCCAAUUUCAAGAACAGCUUCUGUCCUUCUUCAUGGAAGAUGUUUUUGGUCAACUCCAGUUGCAAGAUUGCAAGAAAAUACACUUUGUGGAAGACUUUCAUAGCCUUAGGCAGAAAUUGAGCCAUUGUAUUUCCUGUGCUUCAUCAGCUAGAGAAAUGAAAUCCAUUACCAGGAUAAAAAGAAUAUUUUAUGGGAUUGGAGAAAAAGGAAUCUACAAAGCCAUCAGUGAACUGGAUAUUCUUCUUUCCUGGAUUAAAAAAUUCUUGGAGAGCAGUCAGUAAACAAAAGCCAAGUACAUUGAUUUUAUAAUUAUUGAGAACUGCUAGAAAUAUGUUUAUACCAGUCUAUUUUUUAAAAAACUUUUUAACAUAAUAGUGACAGCAUGUUAGGUGAUUCAGAAUAGACAAGAAGGAUUUGGUGUAAUAAAGUUUUGGAAAUAAGUGCCACUAAUUUGCACAUUUUCUGUGUUUUCAAAUAAUGUUUCCAUUCUGAACAUGUUUUAUUAUUCACAAAUACAUUGUGUCAAUUUAAUUUAAAUUACAUUAAAUAAAAUAAAACAUUAACUCAUUUAAUAUUUGAAUUAACUGAAUUAACUCAUUUAAUAUUUGUGUGUGUGUGGGUGUGUUGGGGGAUAGAGGGGAAUGACAGAUUUCUGGAAUGCAAUAUAAUGUUGUUGAGACCUAAAUAGCUGUUAUGUAUAUGAUUAUCUACUUCAGGGUUUGAAAAUUAUUCAUUAUGCCAAGUGUGAACUUAGCACUUAACAAAUGUUGAAUUUAAUGAAAUAAAUUGUGUUUCUUUCUC